AUGAGUUCGACAAUUGCUUGCGAAUCCUGUUCUGUUGGAAUGAUUAUCACAAAAAGAAUUCUUAAUUUUUAUUUGUCAUCAGACUUUCCCAAGGUUUCUUUUUUCCUCGUUCAACAAGGGUCCAACUUGCCCAAUCACGAUAAGAAGUUAAAGACAGAAGUAACGAUUAUAUGUAUUUUAUGCCCAAAGCCAAGAAUAGCAGGUGCUCCUGUGGCAGACACCAUAAAUAGCUCCAGCUGUUUUGAAGAUUGCAGUUGCUUUUUUGCUCUUUUAUUUGUUCUACAAACUGAUGAAGCAGCAAACUCCAGUCCAUCACUUACGUCACUGUUGGCAAAUUGUGAGAAAGAAGAAAUGUCAAAAAAAGCUAACAAGAAAGUACAGGAAAAGAAUAACAAAAUAAAUUGGGAAUGGUAUGAAUUGUUUGAAAUCCCUGAUGUAUAUGACCAGAAACAACCUUGCCCUUCAUAUUACACUUGGAUGGAGCCAACUAUAACCUUUAGGAAAUACAAACCAUUUAAAGGCUUUUCCUACAUCACAACCAUUGAAAAUGCCUUUCUAAUCCUAAACAAUGGAAUUACCUAUGAGCCAUUAACUACCUUCUCAGUUGUAAAAGAGCAGAAAUUGCAUCCUUUACAUAACGAAGGUGUAUUAGUUGUCUCUCCAACGUUUGGUUUGGGACAAGCUGCAAAGAAUUCAAAAGGUAACGUCCAGUUCACGAGCUUUGACCUCAGCAUGUAUUCUGAUUGUAAUUUCUAUAUUGUGGAAUUCCUUAAAUACAAAAAGCAGCAAACGGUGAGAGUAUUAACAACAACAAGGAAAUACGACUUACACCAAAUAAAUAUCAAGGAGGAAGGAGGUCCUAUAUUUUUAGACGAGGAUGAUGGUUUUUUUGUAGCCCGAGAAUUCUUUUACAAGGAUACUGACCAUAAGGUUACCAUUGAAGUUCUUGUUGAUAACAUAUCAUUCCGUUCAAUGCAAUAUGUUUCCUGUCCAAACCCAGAAUCUGCCCUUAAGGGUGAUGUAUACGAAGGAAAAAUUGCAGCGUUUGAUUCUGACUUAAUUGGUCAACUAUUUUAUUGCUUAUUGCUGCACCAAAACAAAUCUUCCAAGCAUAAAUACAAUGUUUGUUUCAACAUUGAUAUCGUCAACUUGAUGAAAGCAAUAAAAGAGUCGCAGAGAAACGUAAACGCUGCUAACUUUGACAUCAGUGAAAUUGGUCUAUUUCCAACAGACAAUCCCAACAAAUGCUUAGCAUCUGUAGAGCUUGACAAUGUCAUCCAAUCUAACACACAUUUGAAUCUGAGAGAUUAUGAUACUAUCAAAAAAAUGGCAAAGAUGUAUCGAUUUAUGCACCAAAGUCCAGAUGGUUUUACUAUUGUAGCAACGUUGCAUAAAGCGUAUGUGAAAUUUUUAAGAGAGUGCGCUUAUGGUGCGAAAAGAAAUUUCUCGACAAUGAUGACCUGUUUACUGAAUCAUUUCAUGACAGAAGAGCAAGCAAACGAUGUCAAAGCUGCAAUCGUGGAGUACAUACGAAAACAAGUCACUUUCGGCACAGGGAAGUAUUAAAAAGUCCUGGAAUAAUAUAUUCUGCAUUGACAAUAUCAUAUUUCAUAAUAAUUAAAUGUUUUGUAAUUUUUAAAUUAAAAUAAAUUGUAAUUUUUACGACGUGGGAUAUUAGAAAGUCUAUGUUAACGAAGUAAAAAUAUUCAGCCAUUAAAAAGCCGAGAACGUGAUCAUAAAUUGCAAUGUUUGACUUCUUUUCUUUUUCUUCUUUGCAAAAAGCUUUUAUUAAAAAUAGAAAAUUGUUUUUGCGCUGUUGUUGUUGUUUUUCUUGUUAUUUAUUAGUGUCUUUACUUUGUUUCACUUUUUGUAAAUGUCUGUUUUAUUUUUGGAAUUAAAAGCACCUUGCAUUCUUCUUGUUAUCCUACCAAUUCUUAAGUUAACUAUCCUAGUGUUACAGAACACUAGAAUACGUAACUAAGUCAGAAAUUCAAUCCAGCAUAUCGACAUAAAAAAGUUGAAUCGAGACAAAAACAAAAAAAAUCAUUUUACAUCGUAUCCAUCCCCUUUCCACAAUAUGGCGAUGCAAUAAAACUUCUUCAUAUCUCGUUAGACGUCUUUUUGCUUCAUUAUUUACAUUUUAACUAAGCGUUAAUUUUUUUAUUAAAUAUAAAAACCAACAAAAAAAA